AUGGCGGAGAUGGAGGAGCAACGCAAUGGCGAGCAAAGGACCGUGGGUGACGGUGAGUCCGGCGGCGAUGCGAUGGUGGGAAGGCGACAUUGCGGCGACAGCGAGGUAAUGGAAGAAAGUAAUAUUGUUGAUGAUUGUGGUUGGAAGCCGAAAGUGGGAAUGCCAUUUGACUCUGAACAAGCCGCAUAUGACUUUUACAAUACGUAUGGGGAAAAGUUGGGUUUUAGUAUUAGGAAGGCCUAUGCAAACAAGAACAAACAUACGAAGGAGAUAACAUCACGUACGUUUGUAUGUUACAAAGAGGGAAGUCGGGGUAUUGACAAACGAGAUCCACUUGUCAAAAAUCCAAGACAAGAGGUAAGAUGUGGUUGUGGUGCCCGAUUUAGUAUCAAGUUGGAUAGAAUUUCAGGAAAAUAUCUUGCUUGUGAUUUUGUUGAACAUCAUAAUCAUGAUCUUGUGCCUCAAGAUUGCAUUCAUAUGUUGCCUUUCCAAAGAAAAAUAUCUACCACCCAAGCAAUUGAAGUAGAAUUAGCUUCACAGUCUGGAAUUCCUCUUAGGUCUGCUUAUGAACUAUUUGGUAGGGAAUCUGGUGGAAGAGCAUCACUUGGUUUCACCAAAUUGGACCAAAAAAAUUACCUAAGAUCGAAGAGACAAAAAGAUUUAGAAUAUGGGGAAGCGGGUAGUGUGUUGCAUUACUUUCGUAAGAAAAUUGUGGAAAAUCCAUCUUUUUUUUAUGCAGUCCAAUUAGAUUGUGAUAAACAGAUAAGUAAUAUAUUUUGGGCUGAUGCUCAAAUGAUCAUGGACUAUGCUCAGUUUGGUGAUGUAGUCACAUUUGACACUACUUACAAACUAAAUAACGAGCAUAGACCUUUUGGAUCAUUUGUUGGAUUUAAUCAUCAUCGAGAAACAGUUAUAUUCGGUGCAGCGUUGAUGUAUGAUGAGACUGCUGAAUCUUUUACAUGGUUGUUUCAAAUUUUUUUGGAGGCAAUGUCAAACAAAGCUCCGAAAACUAUUUUCACAGAUCAAGAUGCUGCGAUGGCUAAGGCCAUUGCAAUUGUCAUGCCCGAUACAAACCAUCGUCUUUGUACGUGGCAUUUGAUGCAAAAUGCUGUCAAGCAUGUAAGUUCUGUUUUUGAUGAUGUAAGGGUCAAGGCUGUGUUUUCAAAAUUUAUGCAUGACAUUGAUGAUGAAGAACAAUUCCGAAUACAGUGA